AUGACGUCCACAGCGCAAGGCCCUCAGAGGGCGCGUCCGCUGUCACUGUCAGGCUCAAGUCUGCCCGGCAACGCAGGGUGCAACGAGGAAUUCCCCGAGUUUUGUUUACAUGACCAUUCGUCCACCGGCACCCACCAUCUCCACCAACACUCGUCCACCGCUGGCAGCCACACCUCUACAUCUUCAUCCGCGUCCACGACCCCUACCACCCCGACCACCGCCGGAUUCUCUGCCCCUUGUGCAAACAAAACAUCCCCCGCAUAUCGCGACCGCACAAACAGCGGAACCAACACUACCGCCAGAACCAGACGAGAUAAGAAGGAGUUGCAGGCCCAGCGACUGCAGAGGUCGGGAAGCACCAGCCUUGCGCUAGCACGAAAGGAGAGCACAGCAAAGAAGAAUCGAUUUCGUUCUGCCACAGGAUCUUCGCCCGCCGACGCUCUCGCCGCCGUCGAGCCGCCGCAUGACCAGGGCUUGACGAGGAUGGCGUUUGCUGAGCAGCAGAAAUGGAUCACGGUCCAGCAGAAGACGUUCACCAAAUGGAUGAACACCAAACUGGAAAGCCGCAAUCUCGAGGUGAAGGAUCUCGUGGCUGAUCUGAGCGAUGGUGUUCUCCUCAUCCACCUCCUGGAAUGUCUUUCCAACGACACCCUCGGACGCUACGCCUCGAAACCCAAGCUGCGCGUGCAACGGUUUGAAAAUGCCAACACCGCGCUCGACUUUAUCAAGGCCCGCGGCAUCCAGAUGACCAACAUCGGCGCCGAGGAUGUCGUCGACGGCAACAGGAAGAUCAUCCUCGGCCUCAUCUGGACACUCAUUCUCCGUUUCACCAUCAGCGACAUCAACGAGGAGGGUAUGACGGCAAAGGAAGGACUGCUGUUGUGGUGCCAGAGAAAGACGGCCUGCUAUGACGAGGUCGAGGUCCGCGACUUUAGCGGUAGCUGGAACGACGGGCUCGCCUUCUGCGCCCUGCUGGAUAUCCACAGACCAGAUCUCAUCGACUACGAUGCCCUGGACAAGUCUGACCACCGCGGCAACAUGCAGAUGGCCUUUGACAUUGCGCACAAGGAGAUUGGCAUCCCCAAGCUGUUGGAUGUCGAGGACGUGUGCGAUGUUGCCAAGCCGGAUGAGAGGUCACUCAUGACCUACAUCGCCUACUGGUUCCAUGCCUUCUCCCAGAUGGAGAAGGUCGAGAACGCGGGGCGCCGUGUGGAGAAGUUCGUGAAUAACAUGGCCGGCGCCUGGGAGAUGCAGAGCGCGUACGAAAGGCGCAUGAGGGAGCUGCUGAAGCAGAUCAGGGAGCAGGUCGAAAAGUGGCAGCAAGCAACGUUUCUGGGCACCUACGCCGACGCCAAAGCACAGGCCAACGAGUUUGCUGCUUUCAAGCGUGGGAGGAAGAGGGAGUGGGUCGCCGAAAAGAGCGAGCUUGCGACCCUGCUGGGUAACAUCAAGACCAAGUUAGGUACAUACCGUCUGCGGCCGUACGACCCUCCACCAGAGCUGUCCCUCGAGACGAUGGAAAGGGAGUGGUCUUCCCUGUCAAAGACGGAGAUGACGCGAGCGCAGCUGAUCAACGAGACCAUCAGAGAUAUCAAGAACGCGCUACGCAAGUCCUUCGCCGACAAGGCCAACGACUUCGCUAUGGCGUUGAACACCAUGCAGCUGGCAAUCUCGGGUCUGGACGGCGAUGUCGAGGACCAACUCCACCACGUACGCAAGCUCAGCGACAACCUUCCGCCGCUAGACAAGUACCUCGACACCAUCGCUGCCGUGGACGCAAAGUGUCACGAGGCCAACAUUGAGGAAAACGACUUUACAACGUAUACGUACGACGAACUCGUCUACGAGCAUGGCCUGGUCAAGUCGUCGGUGCAGAAGAAGCUCGCCUUCCUCGACAACCAGAUGGUUGCGCGCAACAUGACCAACCUCACGCCCAUCCAGCUCGAGGAGUUCGAGUCCGUCUUCCGUCACUUUGACCGCGACGACACCAACUCUCUCCAGGAGCUCGAAUUCAGCGCCGCCCUUGCCUCGCUGGGCCUCGUCUUCUCCGAGGACGAGAUGCACGACUACUUUAUGGACACAUCCAACGGUCGCGACUACGUCACUUUUGAGCAGUUCAUUCGCUUCAUGGUCGACGUGACCGAGGACCAGAACACUGCCGAGCAGGUCUUCCAGUCUUUCCGUGAGGUCGCCGACGGCAAGCCCUACGUCACCGAGAUGGACCUCCGCCACUCCCUGGUCCCAGACGAGGUCAUUGAUAAGCUCAUCGAGAUCAUCCCCCCACACAACGGCCCGGACACAGCUGAGGACCGCGGCAUGCCGCAGUACGACUACAUAGCCUUCAUGGAAAAGCUCAUCAGCGCCGAGAAGGAGGCCGACACCACAGUACCAAAUGGUGUGUUGCAGGAGCGCACCAACCGCGCCAGCAUGCUGCCGCCCAAGGACCCCAAGACAAAUGGUAACCACUGA